AUGGGGACAUUUGGAACUUGCCAUGCUAUCUGUGUUCUCCAUCAUCUGCCUCUAUGGGGCCCUGGCUUCCCUGGUCAACUGUACCUUCUCUGGGAGACUGCUGCCUCUGGGGCCUCCUCUGAUCAAGGUGUGGGCCCGGCUUACGAGCGCGUGGGGACCGUGGACAGCAUCAUGAUCAGAGUCCCUGACCACACCGUUACUGGACACCUGUGUGACAUCACUGGACCACUUGCCAUCACCUCAACCAAUCCUAGCGGAGAACCCGACAGUACACAUCAUGACAUGAUCAUCAGCCGGCUGGGCCAUAAGAUCCAGGGUGUUCUCUGUGACGGGGAGUCCAAUGAACUUGUAGGGUCUACGGUGGUCAACUGCCUCAAGAUAGAUGAAGGGACAAUUGGCAUCGUCAGGGAAGGCUGCGUCCCGGCGCUGAAGGUUCAACAGAUAUUUGAGAGGGUGAAGAGCAAUAUGCUUUGAGGAGCACCAAUUCCUCCAUCCUCCCUAUUUUUUCUUCUCCAUCAGUCC